UGCGAUACGGUGAAGCCGGAUCUGUGUCAUCAUUGCUCGGUGUGCAAGCGAUGCGUGCUGAAGAUGGACCAUCACUGUCCGUGGGUGAUGAACUGCGUGGGGGCGAGGAAUUAUAGGUACUUUUUUAACUUUAUAGCCUACGCCUGGGUC